AUGUCCAUCGCAUCAAGCAAUCCCCAAGCAGUCUUGCAAGGUUACCUCGACCCAACCCACACUUCAGACCUGCACGCAGAAUGGGUCAACCAUCCAACCCCGUGGCCUUGGGUCCUGGCGAGCGUCACACUUUCUAUCAUCCUAGGUUUUCUAGGAGUCCAAGCAUCAUACAAGUCUUGGGAGCCAAAGGCCCGACGCUUCAGCGACAGCGAUAACGCAAUCUCCAUCUACCCGCCCGCAGACCCGAAAUCCUACCUACCACUCCACCAGCGAGGCUUAAGCUCCGCCAGCAGCACCACUAUAUCGUCGCUGGACGAGAGCAACAAGUACGGCGGCCUCGGCCGCUGCGCCCUGAUCGCCAGCAUCAUAGGAAUAGGGUGGUCGACUAUCCGCGCGGGCGCGUUGCUCGCGGUACUGACACAAAUCACAAUGGGGGAAAGGGGACACAUGUACCCGGGUAUCAUCAGCAUUGUCAUCAUGUUCACAUCGGUGCAAACAUACCUGGGUAGCCGCGCCAUGCCCCGGAUCCUGUACCUGCUCAUCUUCGUGGACCUGUGCGCUAUCUAUGCGAGUCUUAUCCUUGGGCUCCUUUCCUUCAUACACAACAAGGACACGUCCUACCAGGAAUUUGCGUGCGCCAUGUUUGCACAACCUCUACCUAACCUCGUCGGCUGCGACUCGAAGUACCUAUGGGCAAACAACACUGUCCCGGGCUCAAUGGGCGCAGAGCUAAUGCCGUAUCCGAAGUCAUGUCUGCUGUCCAGCGACGCGGCAGGAGACAAAGACAUCGACCCGAACAUGAUGACCUACAUGGUCCUCGCGGAAAUCAUUGUCGGCGGAGUCGGCCUGCUCUACGGACUCAUUGUCCUGUUAUUCUCCUCGCGCUGGAUCUGGGAAGUCCUCAAGCAUCCGUCCGAGCUCUUGCAGGCCUUGACCCUAAGCAAGUCGAAAGGUCGCGCGCAGAACUUUGGCUACGACAGCAUCGGAGUAAAGGCCAAAAGCCACAAAAUGCCCGGUCGCGCCAUCGGCAUGACCGUCCUGGCAUUCAUCGCACUCCUCAUGUUCGCGGCGGUGACGAUCGUCGUGCACGUCCUCGACGAGACCCAGCCGGUCAGAAUGUUCUACAUGGAUUCCUUGGGAUCGCUGGCCAACACGCUCGGCGAUGGGACAGCCACUGCCGAUGGAGGGGCGAGUUGGAGCGAUUGCUUCGUCGUGGAUACGCCCGUUUCGGCGGAUGGGGGGUUCCACGGCUGGUGGGCCGUGAGGCAGAGUCGAAUAUUGCGCGCGCUUGCUCUGGCUUGA